AUGAGCUUCCUCAACCCGGGAGCCGUCUUCCGCGAUGCCAUCCAGCCGGUCCUGUGGGCAUCGGCAUGGUGCUGCCUCCUCGUGCACCUUCGUGCGGUCGACUUCGCCUCGAUACCUUCCGACCUGCGCAAUGGCGACAGCGACGCAAAGCAGCAGUGGGACCGGUACGAGUGGCUCGCGCUGCGAGUCCUUGGGUCGCUCGGCACAGUGACGGGCAUGCUGCUCGCCUUUCGCUCCAACAGCGCAAUGGACCGCUGGAACACGGGUCGACGCAAGUGGGCCGAGAUGCAGGCCACAUCCAGAUCCCUCGUCCGCCUGCUCGCCGCUGCCCUGAUCCCGAUGGACGCAGAGGAGCCUAUGACCGCGUUGCCGAACGGCGAAAAGAAGGACGCUGCUCCCACGUACGACGACGCCGCACGUCGCUCGGUCGACGAGCUGCUCGCCUUGAUCCCCUUCUUUGGGAUCGCGCUCAUGUACCAGCUGCGCGGCGAGCCGAUCCAGCAGUGGCGGCGCAGGUUCAGGACCAGCCCUGACAUCCUUGACCGCCUCCCCGCGCGGCUGCUCGAGUCGUUCGAGGAGCUUCGAUCGCCGAGGAACUUUGGGACGCCGGGCCAGCCGAGGAGGGGCGGCGUGGCGACCAAGUCGGGUGAGCGGAAGCGCGAGAUCGACAUGCUCAACAAUGAUCCGCCCGCCAGCCUGCGCCACCGCUCCCGACCCGCCAGGGACGGCGAGGGCCGGAUCCUCAGCAACCACUGCGCGCUGUCCACGCUCGUGCACCUCCAGGGAAAGCUGGAUCGCUUCCACGGCGAGGCUGGCCAGGCCCAGUCGUCGAAGUCGACCGCCGGGGACGCGACGGCGCGCGCACCCAAGCUUUCCGGGCCCGUGUAUGCGCACAGCAUCGGGCUGCUCAACUCGAUCAGCUCGCAGAUGGCGGAGCUGGAGCGCGUGAGGGACACACCGAUCCCCCUCUCGCUCUCGCUGCACUUUUCGCGGCUGCUGUUCGUCAACACGCUGCUGCUGCCCGUGGUGCUCGUCAACCACCUGUCGGACGACUUUGUGCUGGCCGUCCUGGCCACCGCCCUCGUGACGGCGAUGCUCUACGGGAUCGACAGCGUGUCGGCGACGCUGAGCCAGCCGUUUGGCACCGACAAGGAGGACCUGCCGCUGGAGCGGUGGUGCAUGGAUUUUGAGCGCGAGUGGCUCGAGAUGCAGCAGUCGGUGUGCGACGCCGACGUCGAGCGAGGGCCCAGCGGUACGGCCAGAGACGGCGGCGUCGAGGCUAGCGUCUCGUCGUCGGUGCAGGCGGCGGAGCAUGCGCAGGCUCAGACCGACGACGACGACGACGACGACAAGGUGGAGCCGGCCGACGCUGCUUCCUGCUGA